AUGGAUGAUGUUGCAGUAAACGACGAAGUGCUAGCAUUUGCGAGGAACAUAGCAAUGCAUCCAGAAACUUGGUUAGAUUUUCCUCUCGACCCCGAAGAAGAUCUUGAUGAUUUGGAAAUGUCUGAUGCUCAAAGAGGUCAUGCUUUAGCUAUAGAACGUCUUGCUCCGAGGUUAGCUGCACUGAGAAUAGAACUCUGUCCAUGCCAUAUGACUGUUGGUUACUUCUGCAACUUUGUUCUUCUCCUUUCAAGGCUCAAUAAACACGAUGCUCAGCUUCUGUCUUCCCCACAGGUGAUGGAAGCAAGAGCAUUGUGGAUGAAGGAGCUUCAGAAUCAAAACAAUUCCACAAAAACAGCCAGAGAUCACUGGUCUGAAAAUGUGCAGUUCAUCCAUAGAGCUGUUAUGGAGGAAAAACCAAUCCAAAAAAUUGACAAAAAUAGUCGAAGCCUAAGCCCAACACUCAAAGAUGAUGAUGAUUGGCCAGAGGAGGAAAAUUGUGGAUAUAAGUGGACUCCAAUGUUCACAGUGAAUCAGGAUGAUGUUUCUUUCAGUGAUCUCGAAGGUGACGACGAUAUUAGUAGCUUAACACUCAACUCUAAGAGUACCUCAAAUGGCACAUACCCAAAACGAACAUGA